AACUAAGUACAAGCAUAUAAAUUAAAUAAAAAUAAAUAAUAAAAAAGGAAGAAGACAUCAACUGCAAAGUCAAUAUAAACGUGUCAUCUUCCUUCGUCUCUUUGCAUACUCUUCUUCCUCCUCUCACUACCAAAGAAAAAAAAAGAUGGUUCUAAGUCGAGCGGCCACCGAAAGUGACGAAAAUGGUUGCUCGACGUUCGGAUCUCGCUAUGUCCGCACUGCACUCCCCAAGUAUGAGAUUGGUGAGAGCUCGAUACCGAAGGAGGCUGCAUAUCAGAUCAUAAAAGAUGAGCUCAUGCUUGAUGGUAACCCGAGGCUGAACCUGGCUUCGUUUGUGACGACAUGGAUGGAGCCAGAGUGUGACAAACUCAUUAUGGAAUCUAUCAACAAGAACUACGUCGACAUGGACGAGUACCCUGUCACUACCGAGCUCCAGAACCGAUGUGUAAACAUGAUAGCUCGGCUGUUCAAUGCACCACUUGGGGAAACUGAGACCGCCAUGGGAGUAGGCACUGUUGGGUCUUCGGAAGCCAUCAUGUUAGCCGGAUUGGCUUUCAAAAGGAACUGGCAGAACAAACGCAAAGCUGAGGGUAAACCCUAUGACAAACCCAACAUUGUCACCGGAGCCAAUGUUCAAGUGUGCUGGGAGAAAUUUGCUAGGUACUUCGAGGUGGAGCUAAAAGAAGUGAAGCUUAGUGAAGGUUACUACGUGAUGGAUCCAGAUAAAGCAGCUGAAAUGGUUGACGAGAACACAAUAUGUGUUGCUGCCAUACUUGGUUCCACACUCAACGGUGAGUUCGAAGACGUCAAGCGCCUUAAUGACUUGCUGGUCAAGAAAAACGAAGAGACUGGCUGGAACACUCCAAUCCACGUUGACGCAGCAAGCGGAGGCUUCAUAGCCCCAUUUAUUUACCCUGAAUUGGAAUGGGACUUUAGGCUUCCUUUGGUGAAGAGUAUCAAUGUGAGUGGUCAUAAGUAUGGGCUGGUCUAUGCUGGUAUUGGCUGGGUCGUGUGGAGGACACAACAGGAUUUGCCUGAUGAGCUCAUCUUUCAUAUCAACUAUCUUGGUGCUGAUCAACCCACUUUUACUCUCAAUUUCUCCAAGGGUUCGAGCCAAAUUAUUGCUCAAUACUAUCAGCUCAUUCGUCUUGGCUUCGAGGGCUACAAGAACGUGAUGGAGAACUGUAGAGAGAACAUGGUGGUUCUGAGAGAAGGGAUAGAGAAAACAGAGCGUUUCAACAUAGUCUCAAAGGAGGUAGGAGUGCCACUCGUAGCCUUCUCUCUCAAGGACCACAGCUUCCACAACGAGUUCGAGAUCUCAGAGAUGCUACGCCGUUUCGGCUGGAUUGUCCCGGCUUACACAAUGCCUGCGGAUGCGCAGCACAUCACGGUUCUGCGUGUUGUCAUUAGGGAAGAUUUCUCAAGAACACUUGCGGAGAGGCUUGUGGCUGAUAUUGUGAAGGUGCUUCACGAGCUUGACACCUUGCCUUCCAAGAUAUCUAGGAAGAUGGGAGCAGAGGAUUUCGGAAAUGUGAAAGGGAAGAAGGUGGAAAGGGAUAUUCUGAUGGAAGUCAUUGUUGGAUGGAGGAAGUUUGUCAAGGAGAGGAAGAAGAUGAAUGGUGUGUGUUAAUCUGAAGUAUCUUGUGUUUGUGUUUGAAUGUAUUGUCGUCUAAUAAAAGAAUAAGUAUGUGUGUGUGAGGACUGGGGGUUUGAUGAAAGAGUUGUGUGUUUGGUAUCUAUUUGAGACAAUAAUUAAUUAUGGAUUCUAUUUUAUGCUUGAAACUUAA